AUGUCCACCCUCAAGUUUUCCCCACCAAGGGUCGAACCCCCCAAUCCCGAUUUAGUCGCAUUAUCAAAGGAUCACCUUGCCCGGCAUGACCUCCUAGGCAAAUCACAAAGUGGCGCAAACCCCGUCGCAUUCGAUCUCCCUCCUCUCCAGGGCCAGACUUUGGAUGAACAUUUCUACAAGCUUGGAAUGGACUCUUCUGAGCCCUAUUUAACAUACGCCAAAUCGUACGCGACGACCAAUUGUCCGCCCAAGCCGCGAAAAUGGGAAAGACGCAGUGGAUGGACCAAAUACAACUCCGAUGGAACUUCCAAACCAGUCGAUGUGCCUAAUGAGUCUAUGCUCACUUUCGACACAGAAGUGAUGUAUAAAGAGAAUUCAUUUGCUGUCAUGGCCUGCGCAGUGAGCCCGACUGCAUGGUAUGCUUGGAUCUCACCAUGGCUCCUUGGCGAGUCGAAGAAUGAGAUUCAGCUGGUACCUCUGGGUGACCCUACCCAGCCCCGUGUAGUCGUUGGUCACAAUAUUGGCUAUGAUCGGGCACGCGUCCUGGAGGAGUACGACAUGAAGCAGUCUCGGAAUUUCUUCCUUGAUACGAUGUCUCUUCACGUCGCAGUGAAUGGCAUGUGUUCACAACAGAGACCAACUUGGAUGCGUCAUAAGAAGAACAAGGACUUGAGAGAUAAGAUCGCAAAUGAACACAACUCCGUUGAGCUCGCAGCGCUUCUCGAAAGCAACAUGCUGAGAGAAGAGGAGGAAGAGUUGUGGGUUGGGCGGAGCUCCGUCAACUCACUGCGGGACGUGGCCAAGUUCCAUUGUGAUGUUACUAUUGACAAAGCCCAAAGAGAUCUUUUUGGUGAACUUGAUCGUGACUCUAUAGUGCUUCGACUAGAGGAACUUCUCGACUAUUGUGCCGCUGACGUUUCCAUUACACACCGCGUGUACCGAAAAGUCUUUCCCAAUUUCCUCGAAACAUGUCCGCAUCCUGUUAGCUUUGGUGCCCUUCGACAUUUAUCCUCUGUGAUUCUACCGGUCGAUCAAUCCUGGCAAGAGUAUCUCACCAGCGCUGAAGAAACGUACCAUACACGCCUUAAUGAGGUCCAACGCAAGUUGAUUGAAUUAUGUGACGAGGCAUUGAAAUGCAAAGAUCAGCCAGAUACUUACACGAACGAUCCUUGGUUGCGCCAGCUGGACUGGUCAGGCCAAGAGAUCAAAAUGGUGAAAGGGAAGAAGAAGAACGACCCUCCUCGCCCCGCGGCGAGACAAAAGAAGCCGGGAAUGCCCAAGUGGUACAAGGACCUUUUUGCCACAAAUGCCGCAGAAAUUAAUCUCACAGUGCGGACUCGCAUCGCACCAAUUCUGCUCAAGUUGUCAUGGGACAACUAUCCUCUCGUCUGGUCUGACAAACACGGUUGGACUUUUCGAGUGCCUCGUGACCAGCUUAAGCAAUACGAAAAUCAGCCAGUCGUUCUCUGCGACAUGGCUGAAGAAAAAGACCCCCAGUUACGAGACGACAGGAAGCAUAGUUACUUUAAAAUUCCCCACAAAGAUGGCCCACAGGCUAGAUGUACCAAUCCAUUGGGCAAAGGCUAUAUGGGCUACUUUGAGCGUGGAAUCUUGUCUUCUCAAUACGAAAUUGCCAAAGAAGCACUAGAUAUGAAUGCCUCUUGUUCUUAUUGGAUUAGUGCCCGAGAUCGCAUCAAGAGUCAAAUUGUGGUCUACGAGGACCAAGUCUCUAAGGAUCACAAGAAACAAGCCGCAAAUGACAACCGCGUCGGAUUUAUCUUGCCGCAGGUCAUCCCAAUGGGAACCAUCACUCGCCGUGCGGUGGAAAAUACCUGGCUGACUGCGAGCAACGCCAAGGCCAAUCGUGUUGGAUCAGAGUUGAAGGCAAUGAUCAAAGCACCCCCAGGCCACUCGUUUGUUGGUGCUGAUGUUGACUCCCAAGAGUUGUGGAUUGCAAGUCUUGUGGGUGACGCUACCUUCCAGAUCCACGGAGGAAAUGCAAUUGGGUUCAUGACCCUUGAAGGUUCGAAGAAUGCGGGGACUGAUUUGCAUUCGCGAAGUGCGCAAAUUCUGGGCAUUUCGCGUAAUGAUGCCAAGGUAUUCAACUACGGCCGAAUCUAUGGCGCUGGCGUCAAGUUCGCCUCUACCUUGCUUCGUCAGUUCAACCCGUCUUUGACCGAAAGGCAGACACAAGAAACUGCGCAAAACCUAUACAAGGAAACCAAGGGAACACGUACUUCACGUCGUAUGCUCAGUGAGACUCCCUUCUGGCGAGGUGGCACUGAGUCCUUUGUCUUCAACAAACUGGAGGAAUUUGCGGACCAGGAGCGCCCUCGGACCCCUGCUUUAGGUGCCGGCAUCACCGAAGCACUGAUGCGACGAUUCAUUAACAAAGGAAGCUUCAUGACAUCCCGUAUCAAUUGGGCCAUUCAAUCUUCGGGUGUCGACUAUCUCCAUCUCCUGAUCAUCGGCAUGGAUUAUCUGAUCAGACGAUUCAAUAUUCAAACUCGCUUGGCCAUUACUGUUCACGAUGAAAUUCGCUAUCUCGUCAAAGAUGAAGACAGGUACCGCGCUGCGAUGGCCUUGCAGAUUGCAAAUGUUUGGACUCGCGCCAUGUUCUCGCAGCAAGUCGGCAUUGAUGAUCUUCCCCAAUCAUGUGCCUAUUUCUCGGCUGUCGACGUUGAUCACGUACUCCGAAAGGAGGUCGACAUGGAUUGCGUGACACCGUCGCACCCCCACAAGAUCCCACACGGUGAAACAUUGGACAUCGAACAGCUUCUCGGCAAAGAGCAGCAAGCUUUCUUGGACCCAUCUAUUACGCCUCACUCAGCUCCCACCCCCGAAAAAUACACAUAUACCCCGCGAGAGUCGGUCAUGUCUGCUCUGCAGGCCUCCAAUGAUAUCGAUUUCAUCAAAGCCCAGGUCACAAAAGAUGACAAGGAGCUCCGUGAAAUCAUCAAGCAGAAGGCCCAGGCAGGUGCCCGCCCCACCACUUCUAGUGCUCGCACUCCCUAUAAACCAAAAGGCAAAUCUUCCAAUUGGGCUUCCGCAGAGCCACAGCGGGCGGUUCUCAUGGAUAUGGAGUCAGGCAUCUACCCAGACUUCCGCAGCCCCCCUCGUUCGAGCUCUGGUGGCAGUAAACCGCCUCAAAUCGGUUUCCAGCGCUCUUCCUGGAAACCUCGGCCAACAGCUCGGGCAUAA